AUGGGAAAUGCCACGGAGAUCCAAUGGCUGCAGAUGCUGCAACAACACCCGCAGCUGCCGUUGGGUGCGAACCAUGACUUGCACUUGAUGAAUAGCGUUAAUACCCAAGCUCUAACGUCACUGAAUCCGACUCCAAUGGUGGGAUUGGGAACUACUGGAUCGGCGUUUAAGCCGCCUCACGUUCUGCCGAAUCUUCCACAAACACAGGCCGAACAAGACGCGUCUAAUCGGGUAAGCUAAGAGUGCAGAUAAUUUAAUGUAAAGAAUUCCCAAAAAAAAAAGAAAAAUACGAAAAGUGCAAGUGCCCUUUUAGAGCAUGUCUAUGAUCGGAAGGGGUGGAGUGAAAACAAGAAUUAUAAUACAUAAAAGGGCGGGCUGAAAACGAAAACAAGUCUUUUCUUGCCUCACUUGCUGACGGUUAUGCUUUUCCAGGAGCCGAGCCAGAUUGCGGCUACGAUUAUGACCCUUCAAAAUCAACAAGAGGCCCUGCCUUCAAUGAAUUCUAAUCAGAUGACGUUGAUUCAACUGCUACAACAACAGCAACAACAACAAGUCCAGCAGGAGUUGCUGAACCUUUUAUUGGCUAAUCAGAAUCCGGCGUUGAAUCUGAACGAUGUCCAACAAUUGCUACAACUGCAGAUGCAACAACUUCAUCACCUCGCGGCGCCAGUCACUCAACCUCAACAGAUUCGCCAGACUGCCGCGCAGACAUCUGUUCCACAGUCCAGCCAGAUUCCUCAACCGACAGCGGUAAGUCAAACUACAAAAUUUGUCAUUUUUUAUGCUCCUUUCUUCACUUAUCUAAUUUUUAUCGUCAUCAAUAAAAAUUCUUCUUUCAGGCCCAAGAAAAACGUUCCGCUUCCACAGAAUUGCCUUCAAAUAGUCGGAAACGGUCAGGAGAUGAACCAUCUGGCGCUGGAACCCCACCAAAGAAGACAAUGGCCGAGGAACAAAGUCCAUCGCCUAAGCCAGAGAUGCGAGAGAGAGCUCACACGUUACCCGUGAGGAUUAUUGGAAGAGAAGCCCCAAAAAGAACGAUUGAUCCGUUCGAUCCCAUUCAGAAUGCCAAAUAUAAAACUGACGACCCUAACUCUCCCUACCGCCAUCAUCCAAUCAACGUAAGCUGAUUUUCAGAUAAAGCGUUAUAUUGACCAUGUCUAGCCUUCGUUUUUCUAUUUGAGAAUUGCGAAGGCUUUAUGUAACUACACGUGUUUUACCCUAAAUUUUUCAGCAAAAGCGCAGUAAGAACGCGGAGAUUAUUGCCGACAUCUGCCGAGACUUCGUGGAACUGGUGCUGAAACGCAGCCCCGACUUCCAUGAAAACGGUCUGUGGUUCUCGAAGAACUAG